UACCAGAUAUGACAAACAUAAUUGCCGUCUGGCAGUCCUUUCUAAAGCCAGAUAAGGCUCAGGAAGGACAGAAAAAAAGAGGAACAGAAACUGCUUCUUGUAUGGAGGAAACAAAUGAAACAAACAAAGACCAUGGCUUGGAUGAUGUAGAAAUCACUCUUCUGAAAGCUGUUUUACUUCAAGUUAUAUGCCUUUAUCAACAAGUUGUUCCUCACUUAGUAGCACAGAGCAACUUUGAUUUUAGCAAAUUAAUAAAAGGUAUUUUUACUGAAAAAGGAUUGCAACAGGAAAUUUCUCCUGUUCUGCAUUAUCAUAUUCUCAAAUUGGCUCUUGAACUGCCUGCAAAUAAGUUUUCCUGGUUCAGAAUACAGGAUGCAGCUGAGAAGGUUUGUGGCGAAAAAUCUGUAUUUUACCUACUGAUGAAAAUGUUUGUCACCAGCCCCCAUUCACAGCUCAAAAUAGCAACCAAGAAAUUGAUUUUUAAGGUUUUGCACGACAGUGGAGUAUUUGAGUACACUGGGAAGGAACUUGAAUUGUGGCUCAAUCAUUUGGAUAAUACAGUUGAAGCCAAACAGGAAAUCGUGAUUCAUUUUUUGGAAAGGGUCUUGGUCAAAGUGGUAACCAACCCUUAUCCAUAUACGGAUAAAGCAGCUGACUUUGUUCAAGAAGCAAGCAUUCUUCAGGUCAACUUAUUUAAACAAGAUGUUGAUAAUAUCAGCGUACCUAUUUCUCAUAUUGAUGAUGUUCUGGAUAUGAUUGAUGUCCUUGUGGAAGACAGUGAAGGUUUAAAUGAAGAAAUUGGAUGCACUUUAAGUGAAGACAUGAUUGUGAACACGUUUCCAUUCAGUGCAAUCGUCCCAUCUUCUUUAGAAGCAAGAAAUAAGUUACUUGUUGAUGAAAACGCAAGAGAAGAAAGCAUUGUGGAAUACCUUAUUGCUGUGUUCACUGACCUCCUGCAUUCUCAACGAGAUCCUUUAGCCCUUUGCCUGAUGUUUCAACACUAUGAUAAAGAACUUCAGUCUGUCAGUGCUCAUCUUUGUCAGUUCAACUGUUAUUAUAAUCGUUGGAUACCACAACAAGCUAAGGAAGCUUUGUUCCAGGAAGACGGGAACAAGAGUGUGGAUGAGGUGUGGUCAUCGGAUUCCUCCUUUUUUACCUUGUUAAAGAAUAGCUAUCAGAAAGGUGUUGCUGUUUUAUUGGAAGAGGAUAUUCAAACAAAGCUAAAUGAAGCUAUUUCCCAGCUCCAGCCUCAGCAGCUCUUGUUGGCUUUAAAACAUGUUCUUCUGUACCUAAAAACUACGGUGGAGAACUUCGGCAGUUUGGGCAAAAAUUAUGGCCUUUCCCUUGUUACUGUCUACAUGGAUUUGUUGAAGAGCUUGUUGCACAAAGGUGAUACAGAGUUGGGUGAUCAGCCUGAACAGAAAAAUACCCAGAUUGAACCUGAACUUUUUAUGGAAGCAGAAAUUUUGAUACAAGACUCUGAGAAUGACAAGAUCAUGGAAGAGAUGCUCUCUUUGGUCUUCAAACACCCUAUACUGGAAAAUUGGUUCCUGGCUAUAGAACAACAUUCCCUCCCUCCACACAGUCUUAAUCCAAUUAAAGUAAAACUACUUUCAAGUCAUCUAAAUCGCAACAUUCUUGACUUGUUGAAAAUGAGUUGCCCAUUGCUACAACUUAGGAAUCAGCUAGAUAUACUCUGCAGAUAUUUUGAGGCCAUCACAAAGACUGUUUUGGAAGAGCUGCACACUGGUGCAAAAGAAGGAUGCAGAAUAUCUCCCAAAAAAUCUCUGCAGAUAGAAGCUUUACAAGAGCUGCACAUUUAUAUGAAUACGGACCAACUGAGAGAGAUCAUGCUACAACUUUGCAAGGCCAACCUCGCCACUUCAAAAUCUGAAACUUUAGCUGGAAAAAAAAUAUGUCUGAACAUUCAUGGACAAACUUUGAUGCAGCUGCUCACAGAUGGUUACCAAAGAGGUUCUCUGAAAGGAGACUCCUUUUUUUCAAGUGAGCACAUUCAAGGAAUGAGUAUCCUGUUGUCUGCAUGUAUCACCGGACAGUUGGAAAACAUCUUUAUGUGUGUGAUACAGAAAGAACCUACCUUUGCCCUGGCAGUUGACAUUAAAGUGCAGCUUUUGUGCCUUAAGCGUUCCACAGAAAUUUCCCUUUCUAUUGUAGCUUUGUUGAUUCAGUACUCUCACACUCAUUUGCUUCAUUUUGAGCUUUGGUGUCUGAAGAGUAGUACAAGCAAAUUUCUAAAAAUGAAUGCAGCCCUUUUUAUGCCCCUUGUUAAUGUGUAUUUGGACUGUCAAGAGAAGCAACAUUUCAAAUGCUUAUCAAAAGCUGUUAAGUCUGUCUUGAGAGAAGCUCUAUGGCCAGAAUUGCUGAAUAAGAUUUUGAAAGUGCCGUCUGCUGUGGAAUGUCUUGUUCUUUCCAAAUUAUUGCCACUAUCCGAUACCAAGGCCUUUACUGAACUAACAGAAAAAUUGACUUUAACUCUUGAGAGACUUGGAAAUCAUGAACAGUGGAUAAUUGCUGAUGCUGUAUCCAGAGCUCUGGAGACCUCUGCAGAAAAAGUGCAUUCAUGGAGGAAACAUCUACUAGUUGCUUGUAUGAAGUGGUUGAUCCUGUCCUUCAGUAGUAACCAAGAGCAAGAAAUGCAUUCCGAAGUGGAGAAUACCAUGCUAUUGAAGCUAGAAAACUUAUUGAAUUCAGUAACUGAAGUGAUUCCAGACGACUGGAAUAGUUUUGUGAAGCUGGGGCUGAAGUAUCGUUAUAAAAGCCAAACUUUCCUGAAAACUCUGGAUGCAGCUAUAAAUGUAUUAUACCAGAAAGAAAACUCUUUAAAAAAGAGAUUAACCAAACCUGAAGUGCUUUACAUGAUGAUCACACAGCAUUCACUGUUUUUGUCCACAAUGUUGAGACCACAAGAAGGCAGUGACAUGAAUGCUCAUCUAAGAGAGGCAUUAGUGAACCUCCUGUUGUCUCUUGUGAAACUCUGCCCUGCAGUUUGUGAGAGAAAUCAUUUUGCUGUGCUGCUUGGAGCAUAUGGUGCAACACUGAGCAUUUCAGAUCAGAAGAUAUUGUUUUUACUUAAAUUAUAUGAAAAUAAUGGUCUAAGCCUUCUUGACUUCAGAAUAUUGCUGUGGGGUCCAGCUGCUGUGGAGCAUCAUAAAACAUGCAAAAGUUUGGGGAAGUCACUGUGGCAGCAACCAAGCAUGCAAGAAAUUAUGUGCCUGCUGGAUCGAGAAGUAAUGAUGAGGACCAUACUCCACUUCCCCCAGCAUCGGCUUCUUCUUUCCCCUGAGGAAGAACAUACAUUACAAAGCAAAGGGAAAAGUGAUGUGGCUUUUGAAGAUCUCUAUGAUCCAUGUUUUCUUCUCCAGCUAUUCAGUGAAUUAUUAAGGCCAGAGUGUGUGGUGGCAUGUCAUAAGUUCAUUGAAGUCAAUGCAUUGGGUUUGACAGUAGCUGCCCUUAGCAGCUAUGACAGUAACAUGCGUGCAGCUGCCUACCAUGUCCUGAGUUCCUUUCGCUCUCAUCUGGAAGCGGCUCGAUUUCGAGAACAGAAACAGUUGCUGUACCUUAUGGAUGUUGUGCAAAAUGGAAUAAAACAACCAAACCUCAGAUUUACUUUCCCUUUAACACUGUAUAUAGCUCGAGUUGCCCAGCAAAUACUGAAGCCAGAGGAGCAUAUGUAUACAAAGUUGAACAGAUUUCUUCUAUCUCACCAAUAUUUGGAUUUGAGAAAAGUGCCAGGAUUUUUUCACCUUUUCUAUAGUUUUGAUUCAGAGAACAAAAUGGAGCGUGAAUGGGUUCUAGCUAUUAUUGGAGAAGGUCUCAGAGAUAAAAACUGCUAUCAGCUGUAUGAUUAUCAAAGGAUUUUCCAUGUCAUUCUGUCCUUCUUCCAUAGCCCAUUAUGUGAUGAAGCAACACAGUAUCAGAUUCUGGAAAUACUUCAAAAUGCUGCAUAUAUCACUAAAGCUGCUUAUGAACUAAUAAGGGACCAUAGCCUUUUAACCUGGCUGUUAUCCAUUGUUGAGAAAAGGUUUCUAGAAAACAAGUUGUUAAUAUGUAUAAUCUCCUUAAUUGACACUCUCUGGAAAACUAAUUUAGGAAAUAAGCAAACUUCACUCAGUUCAUCCAGCCAACUGGAAUUAAAAGAGAACCAGAAAUUCCUUCCCAUCCAGCUUAUCAAUGAAUUUCUCCAUGUUCUGCUCACACUUCUUAGCCACAUCCGAACCAACUUGGAUCCUGUUGAGUUUAUUCGGUUUUUCAGUGUAUUAAGCUCUGUAUUGGAAUACCGCACUCUGGUUAUUGAAGCCUUCAGAGAAAUGGGCAGAUUUAUUGUAAACGAACAUAUUAUUUCAAACAAUGAUGUAUUGAUACUUUUGUACAAGUGGAGUAUAAUUAGCAAAGAUAUGGAGCUUCAGGAUCACCUGCAUGUUGUUGCACAACAAUACCAAAUCAAAGAAUUGCUUAAAAAUACAGACAGGAACAAGCCAUGGUUACAUUCGCAAACAUCAAUCCGACUAGCUCAGAAAAAGAGUAAAAUUGAAAUAGAGACAGCUACAAUCUCUGUAUGGAAAGAAGUUUAUUUAAAUGAAUGCAGAACUCUUCUAAGAUCUAUUUUUAUCCUCUGGGAACCUGUUUUACUGGAAAUAUCAGCAAAAUCUCCAACAGAACAGAAAGGAUAUAGUAAUCCAGAUCUUACCUGUAAGAUUACUUAUUUAGUUUUUAGAUGGCUCAUUACAUCCUUCCUGGAUGACAGCUUGAACAUUCAGAAUGCACUCCCGACUUUCUGGUGGUUUAAAAAAUAUGGUUUUGGAAACAACAUUAUACUGGAUUAUAUUCUUAAAGAUGGAAUUCUGAAAAGGACUAUAUUUAAGCUUUAUAGUAGCAUCUGUAAUGCCUCUGAAAUUGUGAAAUUGAGUGAUCUCUCUGCGCUUAAUGGAAUCAUGCUCCAUCUACUAGAAUCUCAGAGCCUGACAGAAAAUAAAUUUCAUGUGGCUGUGAAAAAAUUCUGCCUCACUGAAGUUACAGAUGUGAACAAAGCUGCAAGAAUUUUCCUUACUUCAAUUUAUAUUGGAGACAUUUGGCUAGGAGCAAGGCAACCAGACAUGUUUAUGAUGCACAUUAAACUAAUAUGUGGAGCAACCGAUACUGAACGAAAUGACAAAAAAAGGUUGGAAUUUGAAGAUUCAAUGGUUUCUCUCUGCAAAGACAUAUACUCAUUUUUAAGUCUUCAACCUCACUUUCAGUCUUAAACUCAAACAUUUGUCAACUUUCCUAUCUUGAAAUUAAAGAAAUAAAUAAAAGGAGCCAUUGUGUACAAUUCUACAGGAAUUGUUUCAAAAACAAUGUCUAUUAACAGCAGUACAACUGUGUGUUAUAAUAGGCAUGAUUUCAAAUAAACUUAUAUUUUUUCAGAAUUUGGCAAAGCUGGUUUAGAUGCUAUUUUUGUAUAUUGUAUUUUUAAAUGUUGGAAAAAUAAUAAACAAAACAUUGAACAUUGAUUUGAAGUAGUAAAAAUAAUAAGUGUUUUGUUAUAAGCAGGGGUAGAGAAACAGUCCCAUUUUAAAGCAACUGCAUUUCUUUGCAGGCUUGUUUUAAUAAAUCACAUUAAAAGGUGAAGUUACUUUAAUGGAGUAAUCUUUUCAAAAACAGUAUUUUUCUAUCAAGUUCAUCACAUAGAAGCCUGAGAAAAAAUAUGAUAAAGAAUAUUUUUCUGAAUUGUUUUUGAAGCAUGCAUACCCCUAGUAUUAUAUAUCCACACUCCAAAGGAGUUUUUCCUUGUCUGAAGUUUCUGAAAUGUUCAUAAGAACGGUAACUAUAAGAAGCCAUUCCUUUAAUUCAAAGAUACAUAAUGCACAGUCUUCAUACAAUCCCAUAUCUGGAUCCAGAAACUGGCUAAAAGAGAACAAGACCACAGUAGUGUCAGGGUUAUACUUUGUUUUGUUUCUUUUGUCAUGUUUACCAGGCUAAUGUGUCAUAUUCAUUUACAAGAAAUUGCCUGCCACAUUAUUUUGCAAAAAUGUCUAGCUAUUUUCUGUAAGGGUGUAAUGAAAUUUGACUUCAUUAUUUGUUAUGAAUUAAUGUUACAUUUAUUAUAUUUAUUGACAUAUAAUAUUAAUAUUUUUGAGAAAAAACAAAUAGAAGAAAAAAGGGGAGCAAAAAACAUACACAUGAAGUGAAUCAAAUUGGCUAUAAUGAAAUUUAUUAAGAUAAACAUUUUCAACAUUAGAUUUGUAUAAUUAAGUAUCCUAC